GGUGAACAAGAGUAGGCACAUCUGGAAAGAUCUUCCUGAAGAAGAAGAAAAAAAUGUUGUAAAGUUGAGUGGGUGAAGGAGAUUCUGUCUGUAGCAUUUAUUCAAGACCAUGCGCAGAGACCGGUGGAUACUGAAGCUGUGAGAAUAAUUGUGGCACUUUCUCCCGGUAAAUUACUUUAUUUUAUUACACGUUGUUGAAUGAAGAGUUUUGCUUAGAAAGUGUGCGUUGUUGUGCAUAGCCUGCAUUGUUCUAAAGCUAGAAGAGGAGACACACCCCUUUUUUAUGACUGUAUUUUGAUACUAUUUUAAAAAAUAUUGAUCAUAAUCUAGUUGGGUGUAUACUUUUAUUGAUAAAUUGUAAUAUAACUCUGCUCCAAAGUGUUCCUCAUUUAGCCUAUUACGAUUUUGUGGCCAAUACUUUCUUUACAAAAGCAAACAUGUAAAUAGGCUAUUUAAAACAUGCGUGUAUGAUGUAUACCAUCUCAGUAUUUGCUACACAAGGCAUGCCCCGCGAGCUUCCAUGGAACAAGAGAGCACAUUGGAAAGAUCUUCCUGAAAAGAAGAAAAAAUGUUGUAAAGUUGAGUGGGUGAAGGAGAUUUGUCUGUAGCAUUUAUUCAGACAUGCGCAGAGACCGGUGGAUACUGAAGCUGUAGAAUAAUGUGGCACUUCUCCGGUAAAUACUUUUUAUUACACGUGUUGAAUGAAGAGUUUCUAAAUUGCGUUUUGUGCAUAGCCUGCAUUGCUCUAAAGCUAGAAGAGGAGACACACCUCUUUUUAUGAACGUAAUAUUUAUACAUAUUUUAAAAAAAUCAUUAUUAUAAUCUAUGUGUGAUGCAUUGAGUAGAUUGCUAUAGGUUAAUCUGAUCUUUUUUUUAUUUCAUUUGUGCAAUUGUUACAUAAACCAAUGUAAGGCUACUAAAAACAACUUAAUCUUGUAAACCCCUGAUUAAGCCAUAUCUAUGGCUAUCCAUCUCUGUACAUUUAAUUAUAAUUUAGAUUAGUUUAAAGAAAGUUGUCCCAAAGAGCAUUAAAAUGUGUGUAGAGAACAUUGAAAAGAGUCUGGAACCCCUAAAAACAAAUGAACACAAUCCAAAACUCUGUCACCCUUUUUAUGUAAUUGUUGUAGAAGACAAUAACAUUGUUAUGUAUGAGAGGAAAUUGAACAUGAGCGCAAAACACUUCACCUAAUGGUUAUUUUACAAGCACUAAGAAACAUUACCAAGUCAUUUAUACUGGCUCAGUCUUGGAUAGUAAUGCUUUCUACAGAGGAGAACUUGCCCAGAAAAUCUGUCUGCAGCAUAUGUGAAAAGUUUGAACUAAUAGUGAUACCAUUAUCUCCAUCUUACAUCAAUGGAGUGGCAGUAUUUUCUCUGAAAAUGGACAGAAUAGAACAGUAUGAUGAUCUCACAGCAGAACUAGUUUUUGUUGGUUUAUCCAGCUCCAAACAGAACACAGCUUGUCAUGUCACUUUUAUAGAUUGUUUAUAGAGUAGUUUACAUCUCAACUCUCUACUGUUUACUUACACAUUGCAUCCAAAGGAGACAGAGAGGGUGAGAGAGACUGAGAAACAUCAGUGUCGAGAGAGUUAGAAUUUAAGCAAAAUAAAUCGAGGGAUAGAAAUAUAGCCUCUUGGGAGAGACAGACAAAAGCUUACUGAAAAAUGCCCCUAGGAUGGAAGCACCAAGAGGCUUUUCAAAACCAGAUCCACAUGCGUGCAGUCACCAGACCCUUGGGGUGCUAUGUAUGUCCCAGAGAGAAACAGUACAGGAUGUACUGCAUACUACACUAGAUAUAACUGUAUUAGCCAACACCUUGGGCUACGGUAUACAUUUACCAUACUGAUAAAGUAAUAUAGAGAGUGACCAGUUAUAAAAGUCAUGACAUGCAAUUAUCAUGUCUGUUCAGUUCUGCAGUUGCGGUGUGUGGAUUAUCAUACUGUGUAGGCUAUGUGAUCCUCAUGGCAUAAACAUGAUAACGUUGCAGGAUCUUUACUUCCAUCAGCAAAUGUUUCAGUGGAAACAGACUAGGGUGCAGGUAGCCUAGUGAUUAGAGCAUUGAGACAGUAAAUGAAAGGUUGCUAGUUUGAAUCCCUGAGCCGACAAGGUGAAAAAUCGGUCGUUGAGCAAGGCACUUAACCCUAAUUGCGCCAGGGGCGCUGGACAAUGGUGACCCUGGCCGUGACCCUACUCUCCGAGGGUGUCUCAUGGGGAGUUGGGAUAUGCAAAAAACACAUCUCCAAUUCACUCAUGCGUAUAAUACACACUUUUACAUGUGUGAAAUAGGACAAAUAUAAGGACCCACCAAAUGAUUUUAUAUUAUAAACCAGUUUUGUUUGUUAUUUUUACUGCUGCUCUUUAAUUAUUUGUUACUUUUAUUUCGUAUUAUUUUACAUUUCUCUUUUUUUAGUAUUUUUGUUAUUUUUUGUAUUUGUUAAUUUAUUGUUUUUUUCUUUUUUUUGUGUUUUUGUGUGUAUUUUUUUUGGUAUUCUUUCUUAAAACUGCAUUGUUGGUUAAGGGCUUGUAAGUAAGCAUUUCACUGUAAGGUCUACACCUGUUGUAUUCGGCGCAUGUGACAAAUACAAUUUGAUUUGAGUUGAGUUGGUCUCAACAUUUGUUUUUAUUUACUGUACCCCCAAUCACAUUUCACUCUGCCCAAAGUACUCCAUCUUGUGCCCCCUCAUCUGCAACCAAUCAUUAGGUCUAUGUUCUUAUGACUCUUCCUAAGUACCUCCUGUGGAUAGGCGAGGUACCCUGAGGGGUACUGGUAAACAACUCAGGCUCAGGUGAAGCCCAAUAUUAAACUAUUAAUGUUGAUUUGGAGGUGUGUUUGCCAGAUUGUUUAUUGUGUCAGAUGGGUUUUCCUGUAUUUAAUAGCUGUUGUGAGGACUGUGUCUCUCAGAGGACUACCAGAUCCUGUUUGGGAGCACAUCUGGGGCAUGCUCUGGGAAGGGUUUAUGUCUGUGAAGACACCCUUCUGGAUCCUCAACUGAGUGCUAAUGCCAAGGAAUAUGGCACUCCCCCGCUUACUCUUUGUCUUAGUGUCUGUCUGUCUGCCUCUGAAUCUCACUGCUCUCUGCUUCUCUCUGUCUUUUCAGAUGUGGCUGGAAGAAACAUGAUCAAUGGCUCUUUUGAGGAAAAGUGAGUGACCACAGGACUUUGUAAUUGCCCUUGCCCAUACACGUUUUUACAUCAUUACUUUUUCAUAUACACUACCAGUCAAAAGUUUGGACACAUCUACGCAUUCAAGGGUUUUUCUUUAUUUUUACUAUUUUCUACAUUGUAGAAUAAUAGUGAAGACAUCAAAACUAUGAAAUAACAUAUAUGGAAUCAUGUAGUAACCCAAAAAGUGUUAAACAAACCAAAAUAUAUUUUAUAUUUGAGAUUCUUCAAAUAGCCACCCUUUGUCUUGAUGACAGUUUUGCACACUCUUGGCAUUCUCUCAACCAGCUUCAUGAGGUAGUCACCUGGAAUGCAUUUCAAUUAACAGGUGUGCCUUCUUAAAAGUUAAUUUGUGGAAUUUCUUUCCUUCUUAAUGUGUUUGAGCCAAUCAGUUGUGUUGUGACAAGGUAGGGGGGUAUACAGAAGAUAGCCCAUCUCAACAUCAACUGUUCAGAGGGGACUGUGUGAAUCAGGUCUUCAUGGUCGAAUUGCUUUAAAGAAACCACUACUAAAAGGACACCAAUAAGAAGAGACCUGCUUGGGCCAAGAAACACGAGCAAUGGACAUUAGACCGGUGGAAAUGUGUCCUUUGGUCUUGAGUCCAAAUUGGAGAUUUUUGGUUCCAACCGCCGUGUCUUUGUGAGAUGUGGUGUGGGUGAACGGUUGAUCUCCGCAUGUGUAGACACGGACACGAACGAUCUGCUUGCGUGUUGAUACACUGGUGGUUUGUUGUGGCCGAGUAUUGGCGCUAAACCGUGUUCUGUAGCUCAGCUGGUAGAGCACGGCGCUUGUAACGCCAAGGUAGUGGGUUCGAUCCCCGGGACCACCCAUACAUAAAAAUGUAUGCACGCAUGACUGUAAGUCGCUUUGGAUAAAAGCGUCUGCUAAAUGGCAUAUUUAUUUAUUUAUUUAUUUUGUUGGAGUCCGGCAUGCUAGCUGGCUGUGGCAUCUUAUGACUACAGUGGGGAAAAAAAGUAUUUAGUCAGCCACCAAUUGUGCAAGUUCUCCCACUUAAAAAGAUGAGAGAGGCCUGUAAUUUUCAUCAUAGGUACACGUCAACUAUGACAGACAAAAUCAGAAAAAAAAAUCCAGAAAAUCACAUUGUAGGAUUUUUAAUGAAUUUAUUGGCAAAUGAUGGUGGAAAAUAAGUAUUUGGUCAAUAACAAAAGUUUCUCAAUACUUUGUUAUAUACCCUUUGUUGGCAAUGACACAGGUCAAACGUUUUCUGUAAGUCUUCACAAGGUUUUCACACACUGUUGCUUGUAUUUUGGCCCAUUCCUCCAUGCAGAUCUCCUCUAGAGCAGUGAUGUUUUGGGGCUGUCGCUGGGCAACACAGACUUUCAACUCCCUCCAAAGAUUUUCUAUGGGGUUGAGAUCUGGAGACUGGCUAGGCCACUCCAGGACCUUGAAAUGCUUCUUACGAAGCCACUCCUUCGUUGCCCGGGCGGUGUGUUUGGGAUCAUUGUCAUGCUGAAAGACCCAGCCACGUUUCAUCUUCAAUGCCCUUGCUGAUGGAAGGAGGUUUUCACUCAAAAUCUCAAGAUACAUGGCCCCAUUCAUUCUUUCCUUUACACGGAUCAGUCGUCCUGGUCCCUUUGCAGAAAAACUGCCCAAAAGCAUGAUGUUUCCACCCCCAUGCUUCACAGUAGGUAUGGUGUUCUUUGGAUGCAACUCAGCAUUCUUUGUCCUCCAAACACGACGAGUUGAGUUUUUACCAAAAAGUUAUAUUUUGGUUUCAUCUGACCAUAUGACAUUCUCCCAAUCCUCUUCUGGAUCAUCCAAAUGCACUUCAGACGGGCCUGGACAUGUACUGGCUUAAGCAGGGGGACACGUCUCGCACUGCAGGAUUUGAGUCCAUGGCGGCGUAGUGUGUUACUGAUGGUAGUCUUUGUUACUUUGGUCCCAGCUCUCUGCAGGUCAUUCACUAGGUCCCCCCGUGUGGUUCUGGGAUUUUUGCUCACCGUUCUUGUGAUAAUUUUGACCCCACGGGGUGAGAUCUUGCGUGGAGCCCCAGAUUGAGGGAGAUUAUCAGUGGUCUUGUAUGUCUUCCAUUUCCUAAUAAUUGCUCCCACAGUUGAUUUCUUCAAACCAAGCUGCUUACCUAUUGCAGAUUCAGUCUUCCCAGCCUGGUGCAAGUCUACAAUUUUGUUUCUGGUGUCCUUUGACAGCUCUUUGGUCUUGGCCAUUGUGGAGUUUGGAGUUUGACUGUUUGAGGUUGUGGACAGGUGUCUUUUAUACUGAUAACAAGUUCAAACAGGUGCCAUUAAUACAGGUAACGAGUGGAGGACAGAGGAGCCUCUUAAAGAAGAAGUUACAGGUCUGUGAGAGCCAGAAAUCUUGCUUGUUUGUAGGUGACCAAAUAGUUAUUUUCCACCAUAAUUUGCAAAUAAAUUCAUUAAAAAUCCUACAAUGGGAUUUUCUGGAUUUUUUUUUCUCAAUUUGUCUGUCAUAGUUGAUGUGUACCUAUGAUAAAAAUUACAGGCCUCUCUCAUCUUUUUAAGUGGGAGAACUUGCACAAUUGGUGGCUGACUAAAUACUUUUUUCCCCCACUGUAAGUGCCAGGACGAUUUUCACGGAAUAAUACUGCACCUAGUUAGCUAGCUGAAUAAACUAAGUUAGUCUAUUCCUAGAAAACAUUGAACCGCUGUAGUUUACAACAAUUAUAGUUUCUGAGGUGGAAGUUGGGAGAGUUAUAUUUGGGAGUUGUGGUGAGGGAGGCCCCGCUCUCUCCUUUCCCAGAUGUUUAGUUCAUUUCAUUCCGAUCUCCUCUGCAUUAUUGUAGCCAUCUGCUGCAGCCUGUCAACUAUGCCUCUGCCUAUCCCUGUUCUCUCCUCUCUGCACAGGCUACACAAACGCCUCACACCGCGUAGCUGCUGCCUCUCUAACCUGGUGGUCCCUGAACGCACCACCCACGUGGAGUUCCAGGUCUCAGGCAGCCUCUGGAACUGCCGUUCUGCUGCCAACAAGGCAGAGUUCAUCUCAGCCUAUGCUACCCUCCAGUCCCUCGACUUCUUGGCGCUGACGGAAACAUGGAUUACCACUGAAAACACUGCUACUCCUACUGCUCUCUCCUCGUCUGACCAUGUGUUCUCGCAUACCCCGAGAGCAUCUGGUCAGCGGGGUGGUGGCACAGGAAUCCUCAUCUCUCCCAAGUGGACAUUCUCAAUUUUUCCCCUGACCCAUCUGUCUAUCUCCUCAUUUGAAUUCCAUGCUGUCACAGUCACUAGCCCAUUUAAGCUUAAUAUCCUUGUCAUCUAUCGCCCUCUAGGUUCCCUUGGAGAGUUCAUCAAUGAGCUUGACGCCUUGAUAAGUUCCUUUCCUGAGGAUGGCUCACCCCUCACAGUUCUGGGGGAUUUCAACCUCCCUACGUCUACAUUUGACUCAUUUCUCUCUGCCUCCUUAUUUCCACUCCUCUCCUCUUUUGACCUCACCCUCUCACCGUCCCCCCCCUACUCACAAGGCAGGCAAUACGCUUGACCUCAUCUUUACUAGAUGCUGUUCUUCUACUAAUCUCACUGCAACUCCCCUCCAUGUCUCCGACCACUACUUUGUAUCCUUUUCUCUCUCGCUCUCCUCCAACACUACUCACUCUGCCCCUACACAGAUGGUAAUGCGCCGUCGCAACCUUCGCUCGCGCGCUCCCGCUACUCUCUCCUCUUCCAUCCUAUCAUCUCUCCCUCUGCUCAAUCCGUUCCACCUCCAAUCUCCUGAUAUCUGCCUCCUCAACCCCUCCUCUCCGUCCCUUCUGCAUCCUUUGACCUCUCUAUGUCCCCCUAAUCCGCCCGGCCGGCUCGGCCCUCCCCUCCAGCUCCCGUGGCUUGAAUGACUCAUUGCGACUCACAGAACAGAGCUCCGGGCAGCUGACGGAAAUGGAAGAAAACUAGACUCCCGCGGACCUGGCAUCUUUUCACUCCUCCUCUCUACAUUUUCUUCAUUGUUUCUGCUGCUAAGCCACUUUCUACCACUCCUAAAUUCCAAGCAUCUGCCUCUAACCCUAGAAGCUCUUUGCCACAUUCUCCUCCCUGCUAACCCCUACAACUAUAUAUAUAUAAUAUAUAUCUAUAUAUAUAUAUAUAUAUAUAUAUAUAUUAUAAAAUUUAAAACAUGGGGGGAUGGAAGUGAUGCAGACAAUACAUUGAUAGAAGAAUAAAAUCUUAUCUGCAAUAUUAAGCUGAUCCAUUCCCCCCGAAAAAUGAAAAUAACAUAAAUAAUAAAAAAUAAAAACCCCUACAACUCAUCCAGAAUGCUGCAGCCCGUCUGGUGUUCAACCUUCCCAAGUUCUCUCACGUCACCCCGCUCCUCCGCACACUCCACUGGCUUCCAGUUGAAGCUCGCAUCUGCUACAAGACCAUGGUGCUUGCCUACGGAGCUGUGAGGGGAACGGCACCUCCGUACCUUCAGGCUCUGAUCAGUCCCUACACCCAAACGAGGGCAUUGCGUUCAUCCACCUCUGGCCUGCUGGCUCCCCUACCUCUGCGGAAGCAUAGUUCCCGCUCAGCCCAGUCAAAACUGUUCGCUGCUCUGGCACCCCAAUGGUGGAACAAGCUCCCUCACGACGCCAGGACAGCGGAGUCACUCACCACCUUCCGGAGACAUUUGAAACCCCACCUCUUUAAGGAAUACCUGGGAUAGGAUAAAGUAAUCCUUCUACCCCCCCGCUUACCCCAACCCAAACCCCAACCCAAAAACAAAAAAACAAAAAAAAGCAUUGUAAAGUUGUGAUCCCACUGGCUAUAAGGUGAAUGCACCUAUUUGUAAGUCGCUCUGGAUAAGAGCGUCUGCUAAAUGACGUAAAUGUAAAUGUAAAAUGUGUAGUUCCCAUCGUAAAGCAUGGAGGAGGAGGUGUUAUGUUGUGGGGGUGCUUUGCUGGUGACACUGUCUGUGAUUUAUUUAGAAUUCAAGGCACACUUAACCAGCAUGGCUACCACAGCAUUCUGCAGCGAUACGCCAUCCCAUCUGGUUUGGGCUUAGUGGGACUAUCAUUUGUUUUUCAGCAGGACAAUGACCCAACACACCUCAGGCUGUAUAAGGGCUAUUUGACCAAGAAGGAGAGUGAUAGAGUGCUGCAUCAGAUGACCUGGCCUCCACAAUCCCCACAACCUCAACCUAAUUGAGAUGGUUUGGGAUGAGUCGGACGGCAGAGUGAAGGAAAAACAGCCAACAAGUGCUAAGCAUAAGUGGGAACUCCUUCAAGACUGUUGGAAAAGCAUUCCAGGUGAAGCUGGUUGAGAGAAUGCCAAGAGUGUGCAAAGCUGUCAUCAAGGCAAAGGGUGGCUAUUUGAAGAAUGUCAAAUAUAAAAUAUAUUUUGAUUUGUUUAACACUGUUUUGGUUACUACAUGAUUCCAUAUGUGUUAUUUCAUAGUGUUGAUGUCUUGACUAUUAUUCUACAAUGCAGAAAAUAGUAAAAAUAAAGAAAAACCCUGGAAUGCGUAGGUGUGUCCAAACUUUUGACUGGUAGUGUAUAUUCAACGAGUAGUAAAAACAUUGUUGCAUGUAAAUAAUGGGUUUUGCUCCACUCUUAUAAACAUGGUGCCUGUAGCAGAGAUCAGUGUAGCCAUUUUAAAGCACAACCCCCCAGAUUCCUCUGGAGUAUACUUUGCCUCAGCUGAGUUGGAACGCUUCCAACACCUCCAUAAAUUAUGUUUGAGACUCUCUGUGUGUGUGUGUGUGUGUGUGUGUGUGUGUUGCCAAUCCCAAAUGUUCCUGAACACUGAUGAGGUAACCAGGAAAGGGAGCCCAGAAAAGAGUCCCAUUUCAUCAUCUCAGUCCUCUGUUCUUCACAUUCAAUACAUAAUGCAACCAUUCAAGGAUUUUUAAUCAGUGUCCACAACAGUUGUGCUUUGUUCUACACCCUUCUUUUAUACAGUCUAUGCUUUACUUAGAAAGUUAACAGAUGUCUUUACUCAAACAACGCAAACUGUUGAUUUUGGCACAGAGGGCAGCUGAUAGCCGGGUUCUUUCAAUUUUCCAGAAGUGAAGCAAGAUUUUAAUGAAUAUUUUGUUGUUAUUGUUGAGGCAGACAGUUUUUAGGUCAUCCAGGGGUGAAUGUGUCAGAACAAGAUUGAUGCCACUCAGGUUGACUACAGCUGACACAUGGUUGAGGUGUGUGGAUAGGGAGAGAAGGGUAGGUGUAACUAUUUUAUUAGUUAGAAUUAGUCGUGGCACCUGGAGGAUGAGUCGUAAAAGAUUAGAGGUUUUGAUAGGGUACAGAUGAGAGCCCUGUUUGAGUAUCUCAAGGUACAGUAAUAUGUGAUCUGGCAUGAUUGGAUAAGAGGUGACAGUGUUAUAGUGAAAACUGUGCUUAAGUUGAACUGGUCCAGUUUGGAAGGACUUCUGCUUCAGUUCCCUUGCAUCUGACAUUGCAAUGACUCAAGUCUACUUCAUUGAAUGGUCCCUUUCUCUCUCUCUCUCUGCUGUGUCACAGUAAACCAUAUCCUGCUCAUGUUGCUGGUUCUCAUAGUGUGUCUACUCCUGCAUAGUAAGCUGUUCAGAGGCCUGUCUCAGCCCAAACUCAAACUCACAGGUAAUUCCCCCCAGCUUCUUUAAACAGGUAAGAACAGGUCCCACUCUAAAGACACACUGACCUGAGAGCCAGGUGCAGGCCACGGCAAGAGAAAGAAACAGGACUAGAACCUGCCAAGAACAGUAAUUGACACGAGGCUAUGAAUGCCUGUUUAUUUAAAGAGAAGCAUUUCCUUUGCCACUUAUGGGAUAGCUUUUAGGGGGCAAAUUACUUUGCAAUUGAAAUGUUAAAGCUUAUGGAGUUCCUUGAAUAGUUGUAAUAGCUUUUAAAAAUAGAUGUGACUACUUGGCCAAGCCCAGACUGGUUGUACUUCCCUCACAGAAACCAGGAAGGACCCAGAGCGUGCGCCCAACGUUCCUGUGGAGAAGGCUGCGGAGGGAGAGGAUGACAUCCCAGUGGUCAUCUGUGCUGCGGAGGAACGCAUGGGCGGUGCCAUGGCAACCAUCAACAGCAUCCAUAGCAACACAGAGGCCAUCGUGUUCUUCUAUAUUGUCACUCUUCGUGAUGCCAUCAAGCUGACAAGGUGUUUCACACUAAUCCCUCCCCCUUCCAUCACUGCUUGAUUUGUAGCAAUUUCAGUUCCUAGUUCCAACCCAGGAUGUUUUCAUUAAUUGAUUAUCUGAUAAUUGUUUCAAUUAAGGCCACAAAGGACAACUAAGAAAUUACUUUUAAAUGGAGUGAGUUGAACUGUCAUUAGUAUUCCUUUGUCUUCAUGUGUGUCUUCAUAGACAGUACAUAGAGAAGACCAAGCUGAAGGGCAUCAAGUAUAAGAUUCUGGAGUUCAACCCCAUGGUUCUGAAAGGGAAGGUGAAACCAGACUCCUCCCGACCAGAUCUGCUGCACCCAGUGAGUACACACAUACACCCACAUAGGAAGUCAUUCUAACCUAACCACAGUCACGGUCCCUAAAGUCCCUGUUUUGGUUGUUUUGCAGCUCAACUUUGUACGCUUUUACUUGCCGCUCCUUGAUAUCAGCCACAAGAGGGUGAUCUACUUAGACGACGAUGUCAUUGUGCAAGGUACAGAAAUGUGACCUUAUCUUUGUGCAAUUCAGUCCAGUUUUAUCUUGAGCUGUAGCUGCAAUAAAUGGGUGUCUGUAUUUUCAGUAUUUACAUUCACUAAUGACAGGUGACAUCAAGGACCUGUACCAUACCAAGCUGGAGAAAGGCCAUGCUGCUGCCUUCGCCACAGACUGUGACCUGCCCUCCACCCACGAAAUGGUGCGCAGUGUGGGCAUGCAGGUCAGUGUCAUUUUUUAGCCACAAGAGGGCAUUGUUUGCCAAAAUAAGAGCAGAGGUACCUCUACUACAAUCAAUCCCAGUAAAGGCCAAUAUAUUGAAUUUGAGUUUAUCCUAUGCCUAGCCAAGAAGAUACUCACUAAUUCUCUUCUGAAAUAACAACCUGACGAGCUGUCUCAUAGAUCUCAAUGCUGGGAAAAUGUGAUCAGUUUGUCUUCGAUUCUGAAUCCAAAUCAAAUUCCUUCCCUAAUGUUCUUAUCUCCCAGACAACAUACAUGGGCUUCCUGGACUACAGGAAACAGGAAGUGAGGGACCUGGGGAUCAACCCCAGCGACUGCUCAUUCAACCCUGGGGUGUUUGUGGCCGACAUUGGGGAGUGGAAGAAACAGAAGAUCACCAAACAGCUGGAGAAAUGGAUGGAGGAGAACUUCAGGUGAGUAGAGAAGUAUGUGUGGACCUGUGAUCAUAUGUUUCCACAUAACCACUAAACUGAUCUGAGACCAGGUGAACCCAGAAUAAAUUAACCCUGCUGUCUAUAAUAAUAAUAAUAAUAAACAGAUAUUCCUAUGAAAGAUUAUUAUUACUUCUAUUCAGUUCUACAUUAUUUCAUUUGAAUAUCAUGAUUAGAGAAAUUAAAUACUCAUUUUCUACUUGAAUGCCCCCCUCCUCCUCCUCCUCUCUUCCCCCUUUUCCUCUCUAGGGAAAACAUAUACAGCAGUGCCAUGGCAGGGGGCGUGGCGACUCCUCCGAUGCUGAUCGUGUUCCAUGACAAAUACACAAUCAUCGAUCCUCUGUGGCACGUCCGACACUUGGGUAAGAUCGCCUCACCUUGAUGACAUCAUCACACACCUCGUACACAGCACAGAAGAGCCAUGAAUAGAGAUAGAGGUGUAUGGCUGUGGUACACAGGCCUGGGUGUCAAUUUAGGAUAGUCCUUCUAGAGGCUGAUUUACUGUGUAUUCUGUUUUCUUUUCCUAUAGGCUGGAGCCCAGACACCCGCUACUCUGAGACCUUCCUCCAGGGGGCGCACCUGCUGCACUGGAACGGCCGCUUCAAGCCCUGGGACUACCCCUGUGUCCACCUGGACCUGUGGGAGAAGUGGUUCAUCCCAGACCCCACCGGGAAAUUCUUGUUGGUACGGCCCGAGGGUUAAAUCUGAGAGAUGUUGAACAGAGGGUUGUGUAGGGUGAUGUCUGGCAUUUCAGACUGUGAAUGCAGGCUGUGAACAGUAAUUAUUGUGGAGGCCUCUUUCUGAUACUAAGUCCUAUUGCUGUUUUAACAUCUUUUGAGAUGGUAUUUCUUUGAGGGUUCCUAUCAAAACGGCUUCAAGAACUCCAAGCCAGACAAAUACAGAAAAUUGCUGUAUCGAAAAUGUAUGUGGUCGUUAUGAGAUGAGUGAGCAUAAUUGUAUUGAUUGUUUUGACUUGAAACUCAACAAUGUGAUCUCUUUUAAAGCUUUUUUCCUGAAUAAAAAGCAGGAGAUUUGACUGUGGAACGUCUGAAAUGGCUGACUAUUGGCUAAUAAAGAACAGAAAUGAUGACAGGUAAAAAGACGACCUUUCCGGAAACAUUUAAUGGUUCUCGUGACAGGAAGUCAGCACUCCAUAACCAUAUCCCGCUCAGUUAAAUAUUAACAAAUUU